UAAAUGUGAGUCGGCAGUGUGUGUGCAUAACCAUCCACUCCUCUUACUUAUAUUUCUAUUAAUCAAAAACAGUGUGUCAAAGUGUUUGGUUUUCGUUUCCGCUCUAACGUGACGUCACGUCCGGCCUCGCCCACCACUGGUGACAGACUCCACCCUGUUAUCAUAGAUCCUCCCCUGAGUGAUUUACACACAGUCCGCCAUUAUUUUUUUUUUCGCGCUGGAGCAGCUACAGUGAGAAGAAUAAUGUCUCAGUCUCGUAAGCGUCAUAAGUGUUCUGUUGCUGGCUGUAAAAGUGAACAUAAGAGUCUUCAUGUACUUCCGGCAGCAGAGCCACUGAAGACGCAGUGGACACGUUUUGUUUUUGAAGCAAAUGUGCCCCAAAACAUACCAAAAUUCGUGUAUGUUUGUGCAAAUCAUUUUACACCGGACUGCUUUGUGAAUGAGGGUCAAUAUAAAGCAGGAUUUUCAAAAAAUUUGAUUAUCAAGCAUGGGUCAGUACCAACUGUUCGUGUUCCAGCUUUAUAUCCUGAAAAGAUGUUCAUCAUGAGAGAGCAGGUGGAUGUGAUCUGCUGUAAAUCAGUAGGAACUGAUCUGUCCAUGCUGGAUAUUGAUGAUUUCAUCACAGAAAUCUCUCAGCUGAAGAAAGAGGUGACGUCACUGGAGACAAAACUGAUGGAGAGAGAACUGUAUUCAUCCUGCACCUGUUUUGAGCGAGUUAAAGUUGAGAUUGAGCUGGAAAAGGUUUCCUGUCAAUCUUCAGUGUGUGUGACUGAUGGGACCUCCACAGAAUGUCAGGAUUCAGUGUGGAGCGGCAGAGAUCAGUCCACACCACAGCAGCUGCUGGACAAACUCUCUGAACAGAGAUCCAGAGACACACAGGACUCACAGCUCACUUUACUCUGUUCUACUGAUGCUCAGGAGAGUGUGUGUGACAGUAAUCAGGGUGAUCAAACCUCCACAGAGUCUCUGACUUCUGUCUGUAACGCUGGAGAACAGCAGAUGAUGCAGACACCAGUGAAGAUGUGUUCAGUGAAGCUGCUGGACUGCAGAAACCUGAUGAAGAUUAGAGGAGAAACCACCACAGCGGAACAACAGCGAGAUGAAGAUAAUUUUAUUCAUUCAGAGCUGAUGGAAGAGCAAGAGGAACAUCGAGAGCUGAAUAAACUUCAGUAUCAGAAACAUCAUGAUUUAAUGACUGGAGAAAAAUCUUUGAGUGACUCAAAGACUAAGAAGAAGUUCUCAAAGUCUCAAAGAAGAGCAUCAAAACACUAUUUCACCUGCUCUCAGUGUGGAAAGAGUUUAACAUGUAAAAGAGGUCUUAAUGUUCACAUGAGAAUUCAUACUGGAGAGAAGCCUUACUUGUGCCAUCAGUGUGGGAAAAGUUUUACACAUGCACAAGAUCUCAAGAUUCAUCUCCUCCGUCACACCGGAGAAAGACCAUUUGAAUGUGAUCAGUGCGGUAAAACAUUUGUUGUGGCAGCGCACCUAAAAACACACAUUAAAACUCACACAAAUAAGAAUUCUUACAAGUGUUCUUUUUGUGGAAAGAGUUUUGCUUACCGGUCAUAUUUUAAACAGCACCAGAAAAUACAUUACAGCAUUGGUGCUCCAAUGUGCUUUGAUUGUGGGAAGACCUUUACAACAACCAGCAUCUUGAACAAGCACCAAAGAAUUCAUACUGGAGAAAAACCUUACAAGUGUUCACACUGUGAAAAGAGUUUCACUCAGUCAGAUUACCUGAAAACACAUGAGCGAAUCCACACUGGAGAGAAACCUUACAACUGUUCACACUGUGGAAAGAGUUUCACUGUGCCACAAAGCCUGAAAACACAUGAGAGAAUUCAUACUGGAGAGAAACCAUACAAGUGUUCACACUGUGAAAAGAGCUUCACUAGGUCAGAAAGCCUGAAAACACACGAGAGAAUCCACACUGGAGAGAAACCUUACAAGUGUUCACACUGUGGAAAGAGUUUCACUGUGCCACAAAACCUGAAAACACACGAGAGAAUCCAUACUGGAGAGAAACCUUACAAGUGCUCACACUGUGGAAAGAGUUUCACUGUGCCACAAAGCCUGAAAAAACACGAGAGAAUUCAUACUGGAGAGAAACCUUACAAGUGCUCACACUGUGAAAAGAGUUUCACUUGGUUAGAACAUCUGAAAACACAUGAGCGAAUCCAUACUGGAGAGAAAGUUCACAAGUGCGCACACUGUGAAAAGAGUUUCACUCAGUCACAAGACCUGAAAAGACACGAGAGAAUUCAUACGGGAGAGAAACCAUACAAGUGUUCACACUGUGAAAAGAGUUUCACUCAGUCAGUAAGCCUGAAAACACACGAGAGAAUUCAUACGGGAGAGAAACCAUACAAGUGUUCACACUGUGAAAAGAGUUUCAUUCAGUCACAAAACCUGAAAAAACACGAGAGAAUUCAUACUGGAGAGAAACCAUACAAGUGCUCACACUGUGGAAAGAGUUUCACUCUGUCAAACAGCUUGAGAUCACAUGAGAGAAUUCAUACUGGAGAGAAACCUCACAAGUGCUCACACUGUGGAAAGAGUUUCACUCAGUCAGAAUACCUGAAAACACACGAGAGAAUUCAUACUGGAGAGAAACCUUACAAGUGUUCACACUGUGGAAAGAGUUUCACUGUGCCACAAAGCCUGAAAACACACGAGAGAAUUCAUACUGGAGAGAAACCUUACAAGUGUUCACACUGUGGAAAGAGUUUCACUGUGCCACAAAGCCUGAAAAAACACGAGAGAAUUCAUACUGGAGAGAAACCUUACAAGUGCUCACACUGUGAAAAGAGCUUCACUAGGUCAGAUUACCUGAAAACACAUGAGCGAAUCCAUACUGGAGAGAAACCUUACAAGUGUUCACACUGUGGAAAGAGCUUCACUGUGCCACAAAACCUGAAAACACAUGAGAGAAUUCAUACUGGAGAGAAACCUUACAAGUGUUCACACUGUGGAAAGAGUUUCACUGUGCCACAAAGCCUGAAAAAACACGAGAGAAUUCAUACUGGAGAGAAACCAUACAAGUGUUCACACUGUGAAAAGAGUUUCACUCGGUUAGAACAUCUGAAAACACAUGAGCGAAUCCAUACUGGAGAGAAACCAUAAAAGUGCUCUUCAAGUGGGAGGAGAUUCAGCACAAUGGUGAUCCGAUCAUCGGUGGUCUACACCAAAUACAGGUGGAAACGGGGUCGAGAACUCCAUACGGAUGUGAGCAAGU